AUGGGUGCUUCACAAUCAGUUUCAGAAAAUUCUAUUCAUGAAUUCAAAGUCAAGGAUGCAAGGGGCAAAGAAGUGAACCUUGGAAGCUAUAGGGGGAAGGUUCUUUUAGUAAUUAAUGUUGCAUCAAAAUGUAACUUUGCUGAAGCCAAUUACACUCAGUUAACUCAGCUUUACUCGAGAUAUAAGGACACGGGUCUUGAGAUAUUGGCAUUUCCAUGCAACCAAUUUUUGAGGAAAGAGCCAGGAACUAGUCAGGAGGCAGAAGACUUUGCAUGUAACACAUAUAAAGCUGAGUAUCCCAUUCUUGGAAAGAUACGUGUGAAUGGACAAGAUGCAGCACCUGUGUAUAAAUACCUGAAAGCGCAAAAAUGUGGAAGUUUGGGAUCAAAAAGGAUAAAGUGGAAUUUCACAAAGUUUUUAGUUGAUGAGAAAGGCCAUGUGAUCCAGCGAUAUAGUCCAACAACCCAACCAUUGGCCAUUGAGAAUGAUAUCAAGAAGGCAUUGAAAGUGGCUUGA